AUGGUUGCGCCGAUCGCGGUGGCGUCGGCGGGGCUGGGGAUGCUGGCGGGGGUGGCCAUGGCCAACAGGUCCAUCCAGGAAGGGAGGCCCGCCGCGGCGGUGCGGUGGCCGCAGCAGCGGUGCGCGACGUGCAGCGGGACGGGGAGGGUGGAGUGCCUGUGCUCGCGGUGGUCUGACGGGGACAGCCACGGGUGCCGGAGCUGCGCGGGCACGCGCAAAAUGCCUUGCCGGAGCUGCGGCGGCUCCGGGACCGGCCGCCGGGCGCCAGUGCGGAUCAGCACCUCCUCCGCCAAGCCACGGUUCAGCAGCCGCUGAUCGACUCAGCUGGCGAUCCGCGCCAGUCGACCAAGGCCGACUUUAGUGGCGGUGCCUCCUCCGGCUCCGCCAAGCCACGGUCGAGCAGGAGCUGAGCAGCUCACCUGCCCAUCCGGCCGGCCCGUCGGUCAAGCCCGACUUUGGUGCUGGACUAGGAGGAACUGUGACAUGUUUAGAUCAGAUUAGAAAACUGGCAGGUUGAAUAUAGCUAGUUCAUUAGUACAGCAGUAUCUGAAGGUAUCUUGCUACUGAUUGAAUCAAUCGGCUGAACUUCUUGUGAUUUGCUUUGGGGUGCCAAUUUUGCUUUGAUAUCAGAGGUAGCUGAAAGCCUGAAAGAAUCGAGAAACUUCAACCUAAUUGUUGUGAUGGAAAAUAUUUAUUUACCAACAUGUUGAAUUCA